AUGUCUGCAAGCGUCGUGAUGGAUUCCCUGUCAACACCAGUGUCGGACCAUGGGCCGCGUGGUGCCAACAGGGACAUGGAGAUCGACGAAAAUCAGGUUCAGCACCAGCAAUCCCCAUCGCUCCUGCUGGCGCGCAUGACUCCUUCCACUACCACUACCACCACCACCUCCACCAGUACAACCACCACCACGGCCACCACCUCAACAAGUCUGGAGACGUCUUUUCUCUCACACACACCUCAUCUUGUAUCUCGCAAUCAGCCGCGCCAACAAAUCCUCCUGACCCCCGAAAGCUCAGCCGACGAAUGCCAGGACGCACGGGCGAGACCGACCUCUGCUGCAGCAAUUGGCGAGUGCACCACUGCAGGUGGCGCUGCGGACGGUAGCUGCACCGCUGAGGCAACAGCGCCGCCGAUCAUGUCGCAGGCGGCCACAGGCUCUGCACCAGUGGCUUCGCAUGAACCGCCAGCAACAGGCACGCCGCAGAGCACAUUGCCAAGGGCGCAGACUUCUUCUUCGAGUCCAUGCCAUCAGAGCAACGGGCAUGUCGUUGCCCGUUUCGACCACGAAACCAGCGAGCAAAAAUGCGACGCUCCCGCCCUUCAUCCCGCCGCAAUCAGUGCUUCGCCUCGACGGACGCUUUCAUCAAUUCCGGACGUGGACCCCGUCAAGCCACAACGGCCUAUUCCGGGCGCCAAUAAUAACAACAGCUUGGACGCUAUCGUCGCCAUGAAUACGGACUGGGGCUCACCGCCGUCAUCAUAUGCCCUUGGAUCGUCGCCAUCUUCACCAUCCUCACCUGGCCACAUUCCCUUUCCUCCUCUGCAGACCACCACCGUGCACGCUGACACUCUCAUUGCGCAUCCGAAACCUAUCACCUUGCCAUCCUCCGCCAGCUCCACCCCUUUGCCGACGAGUCAGCACAGCUCGCGUGCCCUGUCCCGGCACCUGCACGAUCUCCCUGAACAGCACAUUCGAAAUUCGGCAUUUGUUGGCAACGUUGCGCAACUCGAAGCGACGGCUGAGAGACUCUCUACUGGUACUAGCUCCAUCGGAGACGCCAUUCGAGAGCUACACGAUGGUCUGAAGCAGAGCGACAGCCGACGAUCCUCCACACUCGCUGCGAAUCUCCGAGCCGCACAAGGCGACGACCAUCCCCACGAGCUACCGCCUGUCGGACAGCUCAAGAGGCACCUCUCCAACUCUUCAUCAAUCGUUGCUACGAACGCGGCAGCUCGUUACGGCGGCUACUCGCCAGCCGGCUUUAUCAUGUCCCCUACAAACUCAAUGACCGGCCGCCUGCGCUCCGGGUCCAAGAACUCGAGCGGCCGGCCAGCGGAUCUCGACUUUGAGCCCAUGGUGAUGGCGCGCCAUGGCCCUGGGAAGGCCUCAGUCAGCAGCGUCCGGUCGGCCAAGAUGUCCCUUGCUGAAAUCAUAGAGCUGGAGCCAACAUCGCUUACCAAGGACGCGCUCGACGCCGCCGAUAAUGCGCCUCCCAUCGAGGUGGACCCCUCGCUUCAGGAAGUCACGGCUGCACCAUUGGGAACCGACGAGGACUCGACGCCAACGGGCGACGCAUCCGUGCAGCAGGCGAUGCCAACGACCCCGUCACAACAACAAGGCAAAGUCAUGCGCAAAAGUAGCAUUCGCUCCGUCAACACGUUCCAGCAGGCUAUGGAGGCCUUUGGCGACUUUGACGGCGUGCAUUGGCAGCCCGAGAUGGAUCAGCACGCCGACCACGAAUACGAACACGAUCAACUUGACGCUAGUUUCGAGCAUCUGGGCCAGAUGUCGCACGGAGACGCACAGCAUGAGCCAAGUCAGCUGAGGUACCAUAUGGCUAGCCCCAAAGACCCGCGACCGCAGUCCUACACGGACCCAGAAACGGGUCAAAAAAUGCUGUACUACCCAGCGCGUGUACCAGCCUUGCUGAACCUGCCGCCCAAAUUGUCCAACAAACCCAAGAAGGAGCAACGCCAGGAGCGCCGCUCCAGGGUCCUCAGUGCCAUGCUACCGUCUGACAAGUACGCGGAAGAGCACGAGGUGGCUCAACCUAGGAGACGUUCCGCCAUGCCAGAUACCUCGCGCGAAUCCUGGCUGCCGGACCCACUCGCGGGUCACCGCGGGUCAUUCAUCGCCUUGUCUCAGGAUGUACCAAACGAUUCGCCGGACCAAGAAGCCCGCGAAGAGGACCUGACACCACCCGCUGAGCCCGGAACGGCGCUCCUCAGGCGCCCGCAGAGACUGUCUCACAACGGCCAGGACAAAGUCAAGAAGACGGAGUCCCAGCUGCCGCCCCAAUUGCGCGCCAGUGCGUUCUUUGAUAUGCCUACGACGCAAAGCAAGGUGGAGGUUCAGGACGGCUCUGCCAUGGCUACGCUAGACAACAUGCUCGAUGCCUCCACCAACGCGCCGGUCGGUGCUUUCACAAACCAUGGGUACGGUGGCAAGUUGGGCGAUGAGGUGUACGGCAAGGAGAAGAAGACCAAGAAGCACAAGUCGAAACUUUCGAGCGCAUCGCUGCAGCCCGAAGCCGCGGCCAAACAACCGACCAAGAAACGCUCGUCGCGCUCGUGGUUUAUGAGGCGCAGCAGCAGCAAUUUGGACGAGGCAACGGCUCACCGAAGUCGAAGCCCGUCUGCCCUGGGCGACGUCCACGGUGAUACGGCGGCGACCGAGACCGAGGCCCUCGCCGCGAGUGGUGAUGAGAAGAGUAGGCAAGGGGAUGCACGCGAAGCAGAGGGCGAGGAUGCGGACGAACAAGACUCGUCGUCUGACAGCGAGCCGGAGCUGGACGGGCAACCUACUACGCUUCUGGCUGAGCUGCAACUGCGCAAACAGCAGCAGAAGCAUCGGACGCAACCCCGGUUGACUACUGAGGGUUCCUACAUGACACUUCUCGAGAUGGACGCCGUGGCUGAGACGCAGCGCAAGCACCGCCAAACUAAACGUAUCAAUCUGGCAUGGGAGGAACCGGGGGCGCAUGCUGCCCAGAAUGGCUCUGACGACGAAGAUGUGCCCUUGGCCAUUAUUGCCGCGAAGCACCAGGGGGCCAAGAACAUGGCCGACCUUGAGCGCCCGAUUGGACUCUUGGAGCGUCGCGAGAUAGAUGACAAUGAGCCGCUAAGCCGUCGCCGAGCCCGUCUCCAAGGCAAAGAGCCAAUGUCCUUGGCCUUACCCAAGCGACAAAGCAUGUCUGGUCUAUCCGCGCACCUAGGAGGGCACGCUCGAACCCCAUCGAGCCUCCCGCGUACACCGAUGAAGACACCGGAGCCUGAAGAGCCUGAAAUUGAGGAAGAGACACUGGGCGCGCGGAAAAAGCGGCUCGAGACCCAUGAACUACCCAAGGCCCGGCCAGUGAGCAGCUCAUUCUCGGCCGAGCUUCUCAGCCAAUUUGGCGACCUGGACCAUGGCAAAGGCACCCCUGGAGAGGGGGGAGGCCCGGAGAUUACGUCGACGUCUCCGGCUGCCGAGGAGGAGGAGACCCUUGGCCAGCGUCGUCGCAGGUUACAAGCGGAGCGCGAAGCCCGCGAGCGGGAGAUGAGCUACAACAACCUCGUUGGUGACUCGGUGGUCACGCGUAGGCUGAGCAUGGCGGACAUGCUGCAGGCCCAUCCCAAACGCGAGCGGGACACGCGUGCGCAGAGGGAAAGGCAGCGUGUCGAGCAGGAACGUCAAGCCCAGGCAGCUCGGGAGGCUCAAAUGGCCGCGAUGAGAGCGCACAUGCCCACUUCCCUCAAGAGCCCCAGCGUAAUGCGUGCUGGCGGAUUCCGGAGCGGCGCCUACAACGAUGGGUAUGGCGGCAACAUCCAGGCCUCACGAUCAUCCUCGGCCGUCCACAACCAGAACCAGGGCCAGAUGCAUACACUGAAGAACCAACGGUCGACGACGGCGAUGAGUGCGUACGGCAUGCCGACACCACAGACUCCAUACGCAGUCAACCCCAUGGGGGCUACAGGCCCACUCGGCGGUCACCACAUGAGGAGCACGAGCGGUUACAACCACGGAAACAUGCAGCUACCAGGGCAUAUGGGGAUGCCUGGUGACCCGAGUCCCGCGUCGAUGACACGGGUGGAACAGUGGCGACACGGAGUGAUGCCGUGA